AUGUUGGUGCAGAGCAAUCCCAUGCUGGAGCCGCCUGUCGAGCUAGAGAUCCCAACUGUAAUCGAACGUGUCGAGCCCGUCAAGCGCCAAACUCCCAAGAGAAUCACUCCCAAGAAAAUGGAUGCCUUCGAGACGCCAGCCACGCCCGCGACCCAUGCUUUAAAACCCCCUAGCACAGAGAUGCACCCAAGCAAAUUCCACCCAACUACCGCCGAACCAUCGUCCGCCCUUAGAUUGGGCUUCGCAGAUAUUGAAGACACACGACGGCGCGAUAGCUCUCAUGGAGCGGGUCUUCAAUCUACCCCGUCCAAAGUUGGCGGUGUGCCAUCUUCUGCCUUCACUCUUCGUGUGCCUGCUGGCACCACCACCAGCCAACUGGGCUUAGGGGCUGAAGCCCUACGUGUUUUGGAGGGCCUCAAGGAAAAGGCUGCCGAAUACAAAGCCGAUCUCAUCGCCAACAGAGAAAACGACUCAUCCUCCGCGUCCACCGAUGCCAACGGCCGCACAAUUGCUAAACCAAAGGGAAGGUCGGGAAGGUUUAGUGCAGCUCAUAUGGCUGAAUUCAAAAAGAUGGAUUCUAUUGAAGGACAUGCUUCUGCUUGGAGAGCACAAGAUGGAAGAUUCGUUCCCGUUGUCAAAGCCGGCAUUAAACGGUCUCUAUCCAAGGCCAACCUGGACACCCCUCAGAAAAACACAAAACAAACUGAAAGGGUGCUGCCGGCUACUGAACCGAGGAAGCGCACAUCGGUGAUGGAGAGCCUCGGACGAUUUUCUGCCAAGAGACUGGGCACCAAGGCUCCUAUUCGCGAAGACCAAGUCUCUGCCAAGGACGAGCAGCCUUCGCUUUCGGCCAAGAGAGUAAAGAAGAGCGCAGAGGACGAUGCUUCGACAACCCGCCCGGUGUCACGAGACAUGACGUCGAUUCCUCGCCCGGCAUCCAGCGUCAAGAAGCCUGCCACUUCCAGAAUUGCUCGACCCAGCCUUUCCCGCUUGAUGAGCCCGACAAAGUCAUCCAUCAGUCGCUUCACUAGUCCUGCAAAGUCCGAAGCGGUUCCUGCUGCUGUUACAUCAUUACCGCAGCCAAAUUUCAAACUGCAAGGAGAGGCCAAGGAGUCAAAGGGAUCCAAGGAGCCCAUGACUCUCAAGGAACUCAGGGAGUUGAUGGAGUCUAAGGAGCCAAAGGAGUCAAAGGGAGCCAAGGAACUCGCGAGACCCAAGGAGCCCAUGACUCUCAAGGAACUCAGGGAGUUGAUAGAGUCUAAGGAGCCCAAGGAUACCAAGAUAUCAAAGAUAUCUGAAGAAUCCGAAGAGCCUGAAGAAGCCGAGAAAGUUACCGACUCUGCCACAAAGCGAUCGGUGAUGAAGUCCGUCUUCGGAAGCAGCAUAUUCUCGCCUAGGAGACGGAGUGCUAUCCCGCAGCCAGUCAUCACCACUGCGCAGACGCCGCCGGCUUCCUCCCGCUUUUCCAAUCUGAACAUUACCCGACUUGCUGCCACUCAGCCCACGAAGAAGUCUGUUAAGCAUGUGACCUUCACACCAGAAGUCACAAGAACCAUUUUCGACCCAGACUCUCCAUCGCCUCACAAGUCGAACACUACCAAGAAGGCUUUGGAGCGCACCGAAGUCGAGAAAGCCUUGGAAGAAGCGAAAUCGUCGGGUGAUGUUGCUUAUCCCGAUUUGUCCAGCUACAAGCAUCUCCUUGACUCCAGCACUGAGGAGGUCAUCAAAUCUCCUUCCCCUUCAGUUCCAGGCAGAUUUACAUUCCGAAGCGAUCACACAAUCAAGUUUGCAAAUCCCUCGCCAUCCGGCUUUGGUGCCUCUCCUGGCCAGUCGAGCGUGCGACAUGUGCGCAAUUCUAUCAAAGCCACAUCGGAUAUGCCCGGCAGCUUCCCUGAUCCAGUUUCGCCGAGCUCUCACCCGAACAAAGAGAACACGGCGCCUUCUCCGGCCAAGGUGCUUCCAGGGGUUCCACACGGAAUGGCCAACAAGAAGCGUCAUCGCGCCAGCUCGGCCGAAGGAGACGCUGACAAGGAGGCAGCUGAUCGCGCUGGGAAGAAGGCCAAGAGUAGCCACGUUCCUGAGGGGCAGGCUUUGGUGGCUCCUCGUCUUCUGGGCAAAUCACCCUCCAUCUCCGCCAGCGCAAAGAAGGCCGCCGGCAAAACCCCAGUCCGUCCCAUUAUUCGAGCCGUUAGCUCAGCAUCACCUUCGAAGAAGAGACCAACACUGAGCAUGAGCCGCCUUAACAUGCUCGCCCGCCCAAAGAACCGCGGUUAG